AUGACCACCGGCGCCCUCUUCAUCUCAGACUCACCCACAAGCUUAGUACAACGCAACAGACUAGACCAAGCCAGAAAAUCUCUCAUCAAAAUUCGCGGCAAGGAGGAUAUCGAAGCAGAACUUGCCCAGCUAAGGCAGUACAGGCCUCAGCUUGUGAUCGGGGCCAUUGCCGUGCCGUUUUUUCAGCAGGUCACUGGCAUUAAUAUCAUUGCUUUCUAUGCGCCUGUGUUGUUUCAGUCUGUAGGGUUUGGCAACGACUCUGCUCUCAUUGCGUCUAUUAUUCUUGGGUUGGUUAAUCUUGGCUCGACCCUUGUGUCGACGUACAUGGUUGAUCGUCAUGGCCGGAGGUUUUUGUUCAUGGAGGGUGGCAUCCGAAUGGUCAUCUGUCAGGUUGCGGUGGCUAUUGUUCUAGCAGCUACAACAGGUACCGAUGGCGAGAUAGUUCUGGUGUUGAUGUGUAUAUAUGCCGCUGGUUUUGGUUGGUCAUGGGGUCCUUUGAGUUGGCUUAUACCAAGUGAGAUUUUCCCCAUGAAAAUUCGACCCACAGGCCAAAGCAUGGGGCUUGCUGCCAACUUUGUUUUAGUGCUAAGAAUGGGUAUAUUACUAAAUAUCUCUUUAAAAUAUGCCACAUUCUUGUUCUACGGCGGUUGGAUUCUGGCAAUGACCGUCUUCGUCGUGCUUUUCUUGCCAGAGACUAAAGGAAUCCCAUUGGAUCAAGUGCAUACGGUGUGGGUGAAGCAUUGGUACUGGCGUCGAUUUGUUCAAGGUGACCUUAAGGAUACCAUUGAUGAAAAAGAGUAA